AUGGGGCUCGUAGGUUCUCUUGGGCAUUCUAAGACUAAACAAUUGAAGCUACAUCUAUCGGUUACUAUCGCGUACUCUAUCAUGUUACAAGAGCACCACGGUCAAUGUGCGGCUCAGGGAGACAACCCUCAAAAUCAACAUCAACAACGUGAUGAACAAAUCAUUGCAUCCGACGACGAAGACGUGGUGGACAACGUAUUCGCGGACGGAGGACCAAACCAACGUGGACGGCGCAACAACGCUCACGGUGAUAACCAGGAACAGAGGGUUAACCAGCCUAUUCGCUGGGAAGCAAGCUUCAAAUCGGAUAUCCCGGAGUUUCAGGGAACUUUGAAUCUGGAAGACUUCAUCGACUGGCUCAACAUGGUUGAAGAAAUCUUGGAGUUCCGUCAGGUUCCUGAUGACGCUCGUGUUUCAAUGGUGGUGACCCGUUUCAAAGGACAAGCUAUGGCGUGGUGGCAGCAGCUUAAAGAAUCUCGUCGUCAAGCAAACAAAGCUUGUAUCAACUCAUGGGAUCGCCUCACCAAGCAUAUGCGUCGCGGGUUCUUGCCGUUCAACUAUGAACGAACCUUGUAUAACAAAUUACAAAAUUUGAGGCAAGGAACACGUUCAGUGGACGAGUAUGCUACUGAAUUCUUUUACAUGACCGCAAGGAUGACGACCAGUGCAACUCAACAACAACUUAUUUCUAGAUUCAUUGGUGGCCUUCGAUAUCAACUACAGGUGGCACUAGCUCAAUUCAACCCAUCCACGGUCUCCAAAGCUCAUCAACGAGCGGUUUCAAUGGAGCUUCAACUUCGAUCCUUAGGAUCGUCGACUUCUCGAGCUCGCUUUACAAACGCGUUUGCUUCAGACACAAUAGUGCAGAGUACUACUGAUGGCACACAAACACGUUCGGAUACGCCUAAGACCGGGACCAACACAUACACUAUUGCGAACUCCUGUCCUCCGUGCACGAACGCACUGCGGUGUUUCACCUGUGGCGAACGACGGCACAUACAAACGUCCUAUCCUAACAAGACUCGACAUGGCCUCGUCAUUCAAGAAGCAGAGGAUGAUGAACCACAGUAUGACAACUACGAAAACGACCCUGAUGAAUCCACAGAUGCUUUACAUGGAGAUGUUGGCCUUAGCUUGGUCGUACGUCGAAACUGCUUAGUACCCAAGGCAUUGCAAGAAUCUUGGUUACGGACAAACUUGUUCCGUUCAACUUGUACCAUCAAUGGCAGAGUUUGCAAACUCAUUAUCGAUUCGGGCAGUUGUGCCAAUGUUAUCUCUCAAGAUGCAGUGACAAAAUUGGGAUUGGUUGUUCAACCUCACCCAUCUCCAUACACAUUAGCAUGGCUUAACAAUGGCACAAAGAUAAAUGUUUCACAGCAAGUCGGCCUCACGUUUUCCAUCGGCCACUACAAGGACACGACAGCAUUUGAUGUUGUUCCAAUGGAUGCUUGUCACUUGUUAUUGGGUCGACCGUGGCAGUUUUAUCGGGAUGCCAUACAUCGCAGAAAAGCAAACACAUACAGUUUUCUGUUUGGCGACCGCACAGUCACACUCCUCCCGCCCAAAGAGCAACCUGAACCAAGUGCCAUCACAAAACAUGACACGCCGAAGACAGCUCUUGGCAAUACAUUGUUGACGGUCCCUAAGGCCGAAUUCGAGAAGCACAUAUCUGAUGGCGACAUUAUGGUCGUUAGUGGCAUCUCCAGCGUCACCGCCUGGUCCCAUUGA